CGGCUGAUCCAAAACUAAUAUCAAAAAAACGCGUUGGUAAUUCUCAAAAGGACCCAGCAUUAAUGAAUUCAAUUGAUGGAGAAGAUUAUAUAGACUUUGAUAAUCCUAAUUCAAUGUUUGAUAAUGCUGAUUCCGGCGGUUUGAUUUCACAGUAUGAAAAUCCGGCUUCCAAGUUAAAAGAAAAAUUUAAUUUUGCUUCGUUCGAUUGUGGUGCUUUAGUUUUAAAAUCUAAUCCUGAAGCAAAAGGCGCCAUUUCACUUCUAUAUGAAAGUAAAGAUUCUUAUGUCUUAAAUCCAUGUGCCUCCACGAAAUUCAUAAUACUGCAAUUAUGUGAAGAUAUUUUAAUAGAAUCUUUGGCUAUGGCAAAUUUCGAAUUUUUUUCUUCGACAUUCAAGGAUUUUAAAAUAUCUAUUAGCAAAUGGUAUCCUGCAAAGGAAGGUUGGAAAGUUAUAGGCGAAUAUAGGGCAAAAAAUUCAAGGGAAUUACAAAUAUUUAAGGUUGAAGAUUCAUUGAUGUUUGCAAAGUAUCUUCGUAUAGACUUUCUGACCCAUUAUGGACACCAAUAUUACUGUCCAGUAAGUUUGCUUCGAGUUCAUGGCUCAAAUGAAUAUGAAAAGUGGAAAAGAGAACAAGAAGAGAUUGAAAACCAAAUUAAACAAUCUCAAAGUCAAGAAACU